AUAAUGUUUUGUGUUUGAGCGUUUUUAAGUUGAGGAAUUCCGGUCGUAUAUACGAACGUGCAUCAUACGCCAUAGCAUAUAGUUCAGCGAUAUACUUUAUAAUAUAACUGUAAAAUUAGCUUAAAAUAAAAAUUAUGCCAUUAGUAUUGAAUAAAUUGCAAUUUGCUGCAUCUCUUUUACGAAGUAAUUUAACUCCGAAAGUUAUACCCGUGAAAUUUAUACAUCCUACAUUUAUAAAAUAUGAUAACGAUAUUAAUGAUGAACCAGUUCCUAUUUCAAAAGAUAGAACUAAAGUUAUUCCUGUAGAAAUUAGCAUGAAAUAUCUAAAAAGUAGUGCUUAUAAGAAAACCUACGGAGAGUAUCCUGUUUGGAAAUAUUAUAGAAGAAAUUUCAAAGCUCAAAUUCCUCCCCAAAAAACACGAAGGACUUGCAUUAGAGGUGGUGUAAUUUCUACUGGUAGCCCAUGUCCCAUAUGUAGGGAUGAAUAUCUAAUUCUUGAUUACCGCAAUAUUGAUUUGUUAAAACAAUUUAUUUCUGAACAUAGUGGAGAAAUUUUAAGUUACAAUUAUACUGGUAUAUGUCAAAAGGCUUAUAAAGAUCUAUGUGUAGCAAUAAUGAAAGCAAAAGAAUAUGGUUUACUUUCAUAUGAUGUUCCCUUUAGAUAUUAUGAUUACUCAGAAUGGAAAAAUUAAUGUAUUAAUCUUUAACUUGUAAUUAUUAGAAUUUGCAUUUAAAAAAUAAAACAUGCAAAAUGGAUAAAGAAGAAGUAAACUGUACGUUUGCAAUA